UGUUUGAAGCGCGAAAUUCAGGCGCCUGGAGACGUCUACGUAUCGACGUUUUAGCGUAUCAUUCUACCCUAAAAGCGUAACUCCGUGUUGACAAGGCGGAGCCGCGUCGAAGUAGACGUCAAUUGGAGCUCAAUCGUGCGUGCUGGAGACGUCGAAGUAGAGCGUGUGAGUGGGUGUUGCGUUGUUUGCAAAUGAUCGUGUGAAGCCGUACUGUAGCAAGUGCAUAUUGAUGAUUUCAUCGACACGAGCAUUCCUCGUCUGCUUGUUCGUGCAGGCUUGUUAUUGUAGUACCGUCUUUCUAGACGAAGACGUGGCCGUUGGUACGUUAGUAAGAGAUGUGAGAGCGGACAUUCCUGGAGCAUCGGAUUUCAGGUUCUACAAAAGCGGCGGCUCUCUGAUUGACUUCCAGACUGGGCACUUUGUGAUAAACGGGUCUGGCGUUAUCAGGACGAAUGCUUCGCUGGAUUACGAGAACAUACGUCUCCGUAGCAUUCGUCUGUUCGUUAUUGGCAGUGAGGGAAUUUCUAAUGUGGGAGUCAACAUUUCUGUGAUUAUCCGGGACACUAACGACAAUGCUCCGUAUUUCAUUGGUUCUGUGUUUUAUGGGUUUGUUAAAGAGAACGUAGAGGCUGGAAGCAAUGUGUCUGGGAUACCUUUACUGCAAGCGUAUGAUAGAGAUUCGUUGAGUAAUGGUGUGGUGAGAUAUGAACUGGUGAAUUCGAGUGAUUGGUUCUAUAUUGAAACAAUUACACAAGCAGACUACUCUCCAAUUUUGUCUUUGCAGACACGUUUAGGGAUCGAUCGAGAAGUAAGGGAGUCAAUUGAUGUUGUGAUAAAGGCAGUGGACAGUGGUGGACUAAGUGCAACUGCUACCAUACAUGUUACUAUUGAGGAUGAAAACGACAAUCCACCUCAGUUUAUGGCAUCCAUGGGCAAUUCUUUUCAAGUCUCAGAAAAUGCAAGAAUUGGACAGUCAGUUUUUCAGGCUCGAGCAACUGAUAUUGAUUAUGGAAUUAAUGCUCGUGUGUAUUUUUCAUUGUCAACGUCUUUGAGUGAGUUUAGCUGUCAUCCAGAGACAGGUGUUGUCUCUGUUGCUAAACUCCUGGACUUUGAAACUACUAAGCAAUACUUUCUGACUGUAAGAGUAACUGAUCGCAGCAUUCCAUUAAAAUUGAGUGAGAAGAAUAUAACUGUAAAUGUAGUCGAUGCUAAUGAGCAUGCUCCUGCAUUUUCAUUACCUCCUGGGCCAGUCCAGAUUAUGAGCAAUGCAGUAAUUGGAGUAGUUGUGGCAUCUAUUGGGGUUAUGGAUGAUGAUGCAGUCCUUAACGAAGUAAUCGAGCUGGAAAUUACUGAUGGUGAUCCACAAAUGCAUUUUCGUGUUGGUCCAAGUCGAAGAGUGAACAAGAAACAAGUUUUUCGAGUUUUUCUUGCGAGGGCAUUAAAUGAAGACCCUGACAUUCUACCAAGAUUUUUCUUGACUUUAGUAGCUCGUGAUAGUGGACAUCCUCAACUCUCAAGUAGAUCAAGACUAACUAUCGAUGUUGUUCAAGGAACGGAUCUUGUCAAAUUUGAAAAGGACAUUUAUGAGGUUAACAUUGGAGAAGAUUCGCCUCUUGGACAUGUGGUCAAGUGGCUUUUUGCAGGACAUACAUGUAGUCCAGGAAGAACUGUACAGUAUUCUUUUAUCCAUUCGGUAUCACUAGUUACCAAGUUUGAAAUUGGAAUUGAUACAGGUGUGAUUACUGUACGUGAGCCUCUAGACCGAGAAACAAUGGAUUUCUAUAAUCUCACAAUAGAAGCUAAAUGCUCAAUUCAAUCAGCUCGAGCUAAUGUUCUUGUCAGGAUUCUUGAUGCGAAUGAUAACACUCCAGUAUUUACUCAGUCAAUGUAUACAAUCUCAUUACCAGAAAAUGCUGCUAUUGGUCAACUGAUUUCAGCAGUAACUGCUGUGGACAGUGAUAUUGGUAGCAAUGGUGAUGUGCGAUACAGUAUUGUUGACUCGACCGCUCCCAAUUGGUUUACGAUCAAUGAAUUUAAUGGAGCCAUUGCUCCAGCUUUGUCUUUGGACUAUGAAACAGCUGUAGGACAUUCUGUAGGUAUUACUAUUCAUGCAGAAGAUCAAGGUGAACCUCUUCAUCGUUUCACUGACACUCAACUUCUUGUGUCACUAGAUGAUGUUAAUGAUAAUCCUCCAUUGUUUGUACUAAGUUUGUAUUCUUGUGUUGUUCCUGAGGAAAGUCCUCCUGGAACUGGUUGUGUGCAGCUUAAUGUUUUUGACAAGGAUAAUCCAUCUGUCAAUCGAAUGACCUUCAGCAUCAUCAGUGGUGAUCCAAUGAAUGACUUUGCUGUUGAUUCAUCAGGAACAGUGAAGACUACAAAGAAAUUAGAUAGAGAGAAUGUUCCAUCAUACACACUGACUAUUACUGUAAGUGAUGGUCGAAAUGAUGGCGAAAACAAUGCUACCCUUGUUGUGACAGUUUUGGAUGUUGUAGACAGUAGUGUCCACUUUAGCAGGCCAGUGUACAAUGUGACAGUGGAGGAUAACUUGGCUGUUGACUCAGUUGUUGUGAAGGUCCAUGCAGACACAAAUGACAUUGGGAUAAAUGCUCUGAUUACUUAUAGCCUUCAGGGAUUUUCAUUUUUCCGUAUCGAUCCUUUCUCAGGUGAUGUGAGACUAACUUCUCAUGGCCUUGGUGCACCUGCGAUGUAUACAGGUAGUGUUAUUGCUACUGGUCCUGGCUCUUCUUCCAAAUCGGCAACAGCAUCAGUAAGAAUCAAUGUUAUAGCUGGAAACAACCCUCCAUACUUUAAAGUUGGUUCCAUUGACAGAAGAGUUGUUAGUUUUACUGUCCCUGUUGGAUCUGUUGUGGCAUCUGUUGAAGCUGUUGAUUCAGAUACUAAUGACACCAUUACUUAUUCUCUGACUAAACCAUCGUCUCUCUUUGCUUUAAAUGGUUCACAUAUUUACACAACUAAUGUUCUUGAUAAUGGGACAGAAUAUUCUGUUUCUAUUACAGCCACUGAUUCAGGGAUGCCGCAGAAGAGAGCACAUCUGGUUGUUUAUAUCACUACGUAUGCACCAAGCACUGACUCCCUGAAUACUCACAGUCCAGUAUUCCAACAAUCGCACUAUGAAUCGAAUGUCUUGGAGGGGUCUGUUCCUGGUGCUGUUUUUUUGACUGUUUCAGCUACAGAUAGUGACAGUGCAUCACUCACAUAUUCAAUAAUUAAUGUAAUACCCACAUCUGGAAGUGAUCUUUUUGGAAUCAGUGCUACAGGUGUUAUUGACACUAAGCAUGAAAUUGAUCGUGAGGUGGCUGCAGUGUAUUUCCUCACGGUACAAGCUUCAGAUGGUCAGCUUUCAUCUCAGUGUUCUGUGACUGUUAUAGUCAAUGAUCAGAAUGACAAUGUUCCUCAGCUAGCAGGAAGUUAUGAUGUUAUUGUGCAGGAAAAUGUUCCAGUUGGCACUCGAGUAUUCACAUUGAAUGACACUGACCCCGAUGUAGGAACCGGUGUGCAUGCAAUGUUUUUGUCUCGGGAUGCAACAAACUUUUUCAGUGCUGAUAAUGACUUUGGCUACAUAACAAUUGUGAAAGCAUUAGAUCUUGAAGCAAGAGUAGACACACCACCUCCAUUUAUAACUUUGAGGGCUGAAGAUACAGAUACUCAUGAAAGGUUUAGGACAACUAAUGUCAAUUUCCAUUAUAUAGAUGUCAAUGAUAAUUCUCCAGGAUUUGACCCUACCAGUUACUCGGUUUCAAUACCAGAAAACUUUAUGCCUGGAAAAUCUAUAUUGUCUGUUUCUGCCUCGGAUGCAGAUCUUGACAAGACAAAAGGUGGCAAAAUUUCAUUCUACAUUAAAUCUGGUAAUGAGGGUGACAUGUUCUAUAUUGAUGAAGCCACAGGCGUAAUAUCAAGUCAAUUGUCUUUGGAUUUUGAAAGGAAGAGCAUCUAUGAUUUGGUUGUUCAGGCAAGAGAUCACGGUGUGGUACCACGGACAUCACUGGUAAAAGCAACAGUUCGUAUUGAAAUCACAAAUGUUAACGACUUUGCACCUGUAUUUCAAUUCAGUUCUUACUCAGUUAAUUUACAAGCACCAGUAGACAAGGGUGAUGUAAUCAUUACUUUGUCAGCAACAGAUGAAGAUCUAGGCAAAGAAGGUGAGGUACAAUAUGAACUGGACAAUGUUCAUUUUAGCAUCAAUUCUACAACUGGGGAAGUUGUUUCAUCUUCUUCUAUUCAACCUGGCCAAACAACUAUUAUUGUGAAAGCUACAGAUCAGGCUGAUGUUCACGAGAGAAACUCAACUGAAACACGUUUGACUGUCAAGGUUAUUGCUUCCAAUGCUGCCCCAACGGUACCUGCCACUACUCAACCUUUGUUGUUGUAUGAAAAUCAUGCACCAGGAACAGUGGUAACAUCUGUGAAGUCUCUAGUUGUUGACAAGGACACUGGUUAUGCAGGGAUUGUUUUGUUUGCUAUUACAGAAGGAAAUGAUGAUUUAAGAUUUGAUAUUGAUUACUUGUCUGGCGACAUCAUUUUGAUAAAUAGACUAAACAGAGAAAAGACACCUCACUAUGAGCUGGUAAUCACUGUCAGUGAUUUAGGAGACCCUAUUAUGGUUUCUAAAGUGCGGUACCGAACUGAUGUACUGGAUGUAAAUGACAACACGCCGCAGUUUUUUUCGGACACACAGUUUGUACUAAAUGUGUCAGAGGCUGCAACAGCUGGAGCUCGCAUUGGCCAAGUUACAGCUAAUGAUGCUGAUGAGGGGAACAAUGCAACUGUGCGUUAUAGAAUUGCUAAUGAUGUGUUAGGAAAGUUUGGAAUCACAAAUGAUACAGGGUGUAUUAUUGUGAAAGGAAUAUUGGACAGAGAGUCUGAUGCAGCUUAUCAAUUGGUUAUUGAGGCAUAUGAUUUGGGCACACCAAACAGCCUUGUCUCAAGUAUCAGCAUUGACAUUAUUGUGACUGAUAUUGCAGAUUCUCCUCCAGUGUGCAAUCCAAGCUCUUAUGAUGUGGCUAUUUCUGGUGACUACCAAGUUGGAUUUGCUGUUUUGCAAAUUCAGUGCCUAGAAGUGGACAAUGCUGUAGUAACAUACAGUCUACUGUCUGGCAAUAUGACAUACUGGAACGUAGACAGUAAGAGUGGAAUUAUUAGUCUAAAAGCUGCAUUACCUGGUAAUGCCAAACAUCAUAAGUUGUCUGUUGCUGCUAUGAAUUCUUUAGCAUCCAAUCUAUCAACCAUUGUGUUGGUCAAUGUUUUUGUGCAGAGAGUGGAGAGGAACCUUCAUUGGCCUAUUUUCACGUCAUUUCAACCAUUGUCUGGUGUGGUGUGUGAAAACUCAACUGUAGGAAGUUCAGUUUUGCAACUAUUCGCUGCUGAUGGUGACACAAACAUUGAAGGAGAAUUUGAGUAUUUCAUGGUGGGUGGUGAUGGACUAGGCAAGUUUGCAGUGAAUAAGUCGUCUGGUUUGGUGACAUUAAUUAGUCAAAUUGAUUAUGAAAUUUCAUCUGAGUACUUUAUCACUGUUGUGGCAAAGGAUAAAGGGUUUUACCCCAAGUCAAGUCAAUUGACUCUGAGAGUUUUUGUAGGUGGAGUCAACAAUCGACCACCAAUGUUUUCACGUGGGAGCACUACAGUCUCAUUGACUGAAACGAACUCUCCUGGUCGCUUUGUGGCAGUAACUGCAGCGUAUGAUCCAGACCGAUGGACAAGUGUACACCACUCCAUUGUGUCAGGAAAUGAUGUAGACUUUCAGAUUGAUUCUGUAAGUGGCAUGAUCACUACUGGAGCAGCAGAAGUUGAUAGAGAUGUACAAUUUCCUCCUGUUCACAGUGUCACAGUGCAAGCCACUGAUGUGGAUCAGUCAGUCUCUAGCAUUUUGUUGUUUGUUGAACUUUUGGACAGAGAUGACAACCCACCUGAAUUUACAACUAAGGGUUAUAAUGUUACUGUUUACAGCACAGUUUCACCUGAUUGGCCUCUUGUACGAGUAGUGGCCCGAGACAUUGAUUUUGGUUCUAAUUCAGCUAUUAUCUAUUCUGCCACGUCAGCAAAUUUCACCAUCAAUCAGACAACUGGUACCAUAAAGACUACUACAAAGUUGAAACCGUCAACACUGUACAGAUUCUCUGUACAUGCAAUGUCCAGUGUUACAUCACGUUUUGGUGAUACAGAACGUGUUACAGUAGACGUUCGUGAAGUUUCACGAUCAAAACGUGCUACAAACACCAGACCACACUUCAUAGUCAGUUCUGUCGCUGUCAGAGAAGACCAUAUGAUUGGCACCAUUGUGACAGCAGGACCAGUGGCAAUGGAUGAUGAUGAUGAUUUGCUAAUGUUUCGUGUAGAAAAAUCAUCAGGUUCUGAUGUUGUUGCUAUUUAUCCUAAUAGUGGUAUGCUUUAUCUAGCAUUGUCAGUAGAUCGUGAACUACAAGAUUUAUAUUCCUUGAAUGUGACUGUAUUUGAUGGGAUGGAUACAGUCAGUGCAAUCAUCAUGAUGACAGUUGCAGAUGUAAAUGAUAAUUGGCCAGUUUUCGAAGGCCCAUCAGUCAUUACGAUUGUUGAAAAUGUGUAUCCUGUGUCAGUGACUAUUGAUGCAUCAGAUGCAGACACUGGAAAAAAUUCCAGGUUACACUACUGGAUCAGUGAGUUUAUUACUCCACAUUCUGCUGGUCUCUUUGUUGUCUUGCCAGGUUCUAGUGUACUGAAUGUAUCUAAGGCUUUGGAUAGAGAAAUGGCUGCUCAGCAUAUCUUGAUUAUUUGUGCAGAAGAUCAGGGGAGCCCACGGACAAAGAACUGCACAGAAUUGAUUGUCAAUGUGGAGGACAUGAAUGACAAUGCACCACUGUUCCCAGUUCAUGAAUAUGCAGCACUUAUACCAGAAGAUAUGCUGCCUGGCCAUCAUGUGCUAACAGUAACUGUUGCUGAUCUUGAUGUUGGAGACAAUGCUGCUGUUAGUUAUCAGUUGUCGUCUGAUGAAAGCAUUCCAUUUGUAAUCAAUGAAACAACUGGGGAUUUGAUUAUUUCACAACCAGUUGACUAUGCAUUCCAGCAGUCAUAUAUGUUUACUAUCAUUGCGAUGGAUCAUGGCAGGCCUAGUUUGUCUGCAAAUGCCACUGCUGUUAUUCACAUUCAAGAUGUUCAUGAUUCAGGUCCAGUCUGGAGUCAAAACUUAUAUUCAGCUACUGUCAUUGAAAAUGAUGAUAUUGGUAAGUAUGUUCUAACUGUAUCUGCAAUGUCAAGUGGUCCCGUGACAUACAGCAUUGUAACUGACCCAAGUGGAGCUUUGACUGUUGAUCCUAACUUGGGCGUAGUCACAACACACAGUGUUUUGGAUCGUGAAGCUGUGCCUGCGUUCAAUGUGACUAUCCGCUCAUGCAAAUUGGAAGGGCUAUGCAGUAAUGUGACUUUAAUGGUGACUAUUGCAGAUGUCAACGACAACCCACCUCAAUUCUUGCCUUCUAGUCAACUAAUUUUCAAUGUUAGUGAAGGAUUAGGCGUGGGACAUGAAGUAUUUACAUUGUCUGUUGAUGACAAAGACAAUGGUACAAAUGCAGAAGUUGUCUAUUCUUUUGUUGGCAAACGACCAUCCUAUUUUACUAUUGCUAGUGACACUGGGAGAGUGAAUGUGGAACUAGCUAUGAAUCGAGAGCAGACUAACCAGAUUUCAUUUCAAGUUGAAGCUAAGGAUAUGGGAAGGCCAAAACUGGCUUCAACAGCUGAAGUGACUGUCAACGUGUUGGAUGUGAAUGACAACAACCCAAAGUUUAUGCAGGCGAGCUAUGUGCAGAAUGUUACGAUUCCUGUGCCAGUGGGGUACACUGUGAUUCAAGUAAUAGCACUAGAUCCUGAUGAUGGCAAAAAUGGUGAAGUAAGUUACUCUGUUGCAUCUGGAUUGACAGCUGAAAAGUUGACAAUAAGUGGUUCAUCAGGUGUAAUAUCUGUUUCUGAGAACUAUGACUUGAAAUCUAUGUACCAGUUGACUGUACAAGCUUCUGAUGGUGGUGGACGUGUCUCAGAUGUAAGAGUAGUAAUUCACUUUAUCUAUCAACCUGGAAGCAUUCAGUUUACCCCAGCUCAAUAUAGUCAAACCAUACUAGAAAACAAUCUUUUAAAUGAGGUUGUUGUGACUGUCAAGGCAGUUGACUUUCUAAUGUCAACUUCCUCUCAUCUUGUCUACUCCCUCGUCAUGCCAAGUGAUGAGUUCAAAAUCAAUUUUAGUACUGGUGUCGUUAAGGUUAUAAAAUCAUUAGACAGAGAGACUACCUCACAGUAUCGCCUCAUAGUUCAAGUGGAUGACGUGUUUGAUCACAACAGACUGGCUCAAGCAGAGGUGGACAUCAUUGUGGAAGAUGUGAAUGACAAUUCACCAAUGUUUGCUCAAGCAAUUUAUCAGGCUACUGUUCGGGAUGAUACUGCACAAGGGACUAGUGUUACACGCGUGAUAGCAACUGAUGCAGAUGCUGAAGAAAAUGGAGACAUAAUUUACACCAUUUCAAAAACGACAACUGACAAAUUCAAGAUUGAUCAGAAUGGUGUUAUUAGUACAACAACAACAUUAGCACGGACGGGUUCCCAAGCGAUUCAGCACACAUUGACGAUCAUUGCUUCUGAUCAGGGCACACCUCCUCGAAAUGACUCAACAAUUGUUAACAUAUUUAUUGUUGAUGUUGAUGCACCUCGCUUUAACUCUACAUCAUAUAUUGUAUCAGUCAAAGAGAGUGCUGCUAAGGGUAGCGUUGUAGCUCAUGUAGUAGCUGAUAGUAUGUCAUCACGUAAACCAAAAUACAUUAUUGUAUCUGGAGAUGAUCAGCAACAGUUUAGCAUAAAUCCUGACAGUGGUGUGGUGACAAUAGUAAAUCGUCUUGACUUUGAAAGUGUCACACAAUAUGUUCUUCAAGUUCGUGCUAGUGAUACUGUUACCAAAGCUCUGUUUGCAGAGGCGUUGUUGAACGUAACUGUGAUUGAUGUAAAUGAUAAUGAUCCAAUAUUUAGCUUUGCUGGAUUUAUGGCCAAUGUGGAUGAAGAUGUCCCUAUCGGUACUGUACUUACAGUUCUCACAGCGACCGACAAAGACUCUGGAUCUUUUGGUGAAGUUUAUUACUUUAUAAAAACAGUCAACAGAACCCAGAAUUUUGGUGACGUAUUUCAUAUUCAUUCACAGUCUGGAAAUCUGACAAACAUUAAAUCUUUGGAUCAUGAACAGCACAAAGAGUAUCGUUUCACAGUUACUGCUCAGGAUGGUGGUCAGCCGUCUCGAUCAUCAGACACUGAAGUAAGAAUCAGAGCAUUAAAUGUCAAUGACAACUCACCGUUAUUCCAGCAAGGUGAAAUAAGAGCUAGUGUUGAAGAGAAUGCUGCAAUGGACACAACUAUUACAACUAUUCAAGCCACUGAUGAGGAUGGUGAUGCUUUGACUUACUUAUUAGUCAAUGUUGCUGGUCAUACAGAUUCCAGAAUAGAAGAAUUCACAUUAGAUCAAACCAGUGGAGUUUUGACAUCUGUGCAAGAACUAACGAAAAGGCAGUACAAUUUUCAUGUAGCUGCAAAUGAUGGUGUGUUCCAAACUAUAGCUAACCUGACAAUUGAUGUAUUGGAUGUCAAUGAUAAUUUUCCUAUGUUUAAUUCUUCACAGUAUCAUGGACAAGUUCUUGAAAAUCAACCAUCUGGGAUGUUUGUUACACAAGUGUUUGCCACAGAUGAUGACUUUGGGACAAAUGGAGAACUGAAGUAUGAAUUUGCAGCCCCAAGCAGGGAAUUUGUCUUAGACUCAGUAACUGGGAGGUUGACAACUGCAGUCAAAUUUGAUCGAGAAGAUAUUCCCUCAUACAAUUUGAAAUUGAAAGCAACUGAUGGUGGUGGUUUAUUUGAAGUAGCUGAUGUUAUUGUAGACAUUAUGGAUGUUAAUGAUGAACCACCAGUGUUUGAUCUUUGCAAUGGAAAUCAGAGGUGUAACUUUGCUUUAAGUGUGUCUGAGGCUGUUGCAAUUGGUGAUGUAGUCAUCACUUUGUCGACUAUUGAUAGAGACAUUGGAACAAAUGCGGUCGUAACUUACAGCAUUGCAAACACAACAGCUUCUCAUCCAUUUCAGAUAAUGAAUGCCACUGGAGACUUGAUUGUUACACAGGCAUUGGAUUUUGAAGCUUCUGUCAAAUCUUAUGACUUUAUUGUAUCAGCUGUAGAUCAUGGCCAACCGUCUUUGAUAGGACAAAUAGAUCUUACAGUAAGCAUCACUGAUAUACAAGACAGUGCACCACAAUUUACACAAACCACUUAUCAAUCAACUGUGCCUGAAAAUGCAGCUGCUGGAUAUCCAGUUGCAACUGUGUGUGCUGGAGACAAUAUGCUUAACCACGGAAUCAUAUGCCCAUCAAGAAAUCGCACAGUGAUCUAUGCGAUAGUAUUUACAGCGUAUGAAUCUUUUGCUGAACCUACAAAGGUUCGCUACUUUAAAGUGAACUCCUCAGGAGUCAUAACAGUUAGUCGUAAUCUUCCAGACUUUGAUGAGGCUUCUGUCCACAGUUUGAUUGUCGAUGCUCGGUAUAGAGACAGUGUCCUUCUUGCAAGCUAUGGUAGAGUUGUAAUUAAGGUUGUUGAUAUCAACAACAAUGAUCCAAUAUGGCCAACCCAAUACGAUUACAUCACGGAAAUUAAAGAGAACAUUAAAGCAGGCCAGACAAUUGUUACAGUUACUGCUGAGGAUGCAGAUAAUGGAAGCAACGCUGAGCUACGAUAUUUUCUGACGGAUCCUGGGGUUGAUCCCUUUGAUCUAGAUCCAGUCACUGGAGUUAUCAACACGACUAUGCGACUGGAUCGAGAGACAAAAGAUCAAUAUGUUUUUGAAAUUUAUGCACAAGAUAGAGGACGUAUUCCUCGACAGAGUGCAUUCAAACGAGUUAUUGUUAUGGUGGAAGAUGAAAAUGACAAUCCACCCAUAUUUCAUCAACAAGAGUAUGUGGUCAAUGUUUCAGAAGCUGCAUAUUCUUCACAAUCUGUCAUAACUGUGUUGGCUACUGAUAAAGAUACUGUUUCAAAAAACAAACUUCAAUACACUAUUACUUCAGGGAACAUUAAUGCAGCAUUUGCCAUCAAACAGUCUACAGGAGAAAUCACAGUUGCAGGAGUACUAGAUCGAGAACAAACACCAAAUUAUGUUCUCGGCGUAAAUGUUUUUGAUACGUUGUAUAAUUCACAUACAACAGUAAGGGUUACGGUUUUGGAUGUUAAUGACAAUCCUCCUGAUCUUCAACCAGUCUCUGAUGUCGUCAUCGAAGAAGACAAACAGGUUGGUGAUGUUGUAGUUAACGUAUCAGCAAGUGAUGCGGAUGUAGGAGCAAAUGCUGCAAUUGAGUAUUCGUUGUCUAGUCAGACACCUUAUAGUGUGUUUAGCAUUAAUGCCCAGUCAGGUGAUAUAGCAGUGGUGAGUGGUUUGGAUUAUGAGAAUACAACCAGCUACCAACUGACAGUUGUAGCAACGAACCCUAAUAAUUUUAAUUUGAAGGAUGUCAUUGGCGUAAGAGUACUCAUUAAGGACAUUAAUGACAAUGCUCCUAUUUUUGCUUCACAUGUUCUGACCCAAUACGUUGAAGAAGAUUCAGUGCCCGGGGCAGCAGUUGGUCAAGUGACAGCCUCAGACAAAGAUUCCAAUAGUAAUGGAAAAAUCAGUUAUAGCCUAUGGAAUGAUGCAAACCAUACCUUUGCUAUUGAUGCCAAUACUGGUCUGAUAACUACAGAGGCAAGUUUAGAUCGUGAACAGCAAGAAUUUUAUGACCUCGUAGUUGAAGCAAUGGAUCGUGGGACUCCAUCUAUGUCCAGUAAUGCUUCAGUAGUAAUUUUUGUGACUGACGUUAAUGACAACUUGCCAGAAUUUUCUGGUUUGUUAUUUAGUGUUGACUUGCCAGAAGACACUGUAGUUGAUACAGUUAUUACUGCUGUAACGGCAUCUGACAAAGACAAAGGUAGUAAUGCUGAGGUGACUUAUGGACUUGUUAAUCCCGCUGAUUUUCCAAACUUUCGUGUUGAUUCCAAGAAAGGUAACAUCAUCUUGGCUCAGCAAGUUGACUUUGAAGCAAAAACAGUGUACAGUCUUACAAUUCAAGCUCGUGAUGGUGGAUUUCCAGUUGGGUCAUCAACUGUUAACAUUCUGAUCAAUGUGCUUGAUGUGAAUGAUAAUCAACCUGUGUUUGAAAAUCUCCCUUACAGCACUAACAUCCGAGAAGAUGUACUAGUUGGUGAUGUUGUCUUUAUUCCUACUGUUUCUGAUCGAGAUUCGUUCUCAAAUGCCGAGCUAUUCUUCACUAUAACUGCUGGCAAUGCUGAUGGCCACUUUAGCAUAAACGAGAGUACAGGAGCAAUCACAACAUUGCAGACACUUGAUCGAGAGACUAGAGAUAUCUUUGAACUUAGAGUUCAUGUGCGUGACAAUGGAGACUCGCGUAUGUAUGCUGACACUACGGUGAAAAUCGCAGUGGAAGAUGUAAAUGAUAACCAUCCAGUCUUUUCUCCUACAGUUUCUAAGGCAAGUGUGAAAGAAAACACUGAUUGCUCUAAUAAUGUUGUUGUUAGACUGUCUGCUACAGAUUCUGAUCUUUGUUCCAGUGGUACAAAGUGUAUCACAUUUAGUUUAGACAGUGAGCGCAUUAAUCAUGCCUUUAUUUUGAGAGGAGAUCAAAUACUGUGCAACUCAACAUUUGAUCGUGAACUGCAAAAAGAGUAUGUAUUGACAGUCACUGCUACUGAUGCAGGUGAUCCCCCACUAUCAUCAAGCACUAAAGUGCAUAUUGAGAUCUCAGAUAUAAGUGAUAAUGAUCCAGUUAUCCACAGGCGAGACUUCUUGGUCAAUUACAUUGAUCAGUUUGUCGGCACAAUUGGAAGGGUUGGGAUUUAUGAUCCAGACGAUAGUGAUCAGAUGACGUAUGAAAUACUUCUAGGUGACAUAAAUACUUUUAGUUUGAAUGGUACCACUGGCGUUUUGUCAGUCAGACAAACGCCAGUAAAUUCUGAGUACACACUUAAUGUAACUGCUCAUCAAGGCCGAUCAUAUGACACUGUUGUGAAAAUGUUUUUUCAACGUGUAAAUGAUGAGAUGAGGAAACAGAGUGUAACUGUUCGACUGGAAGGUGUGUCUCCUAGUUUAUUUAUUGGCAGUCACUAUAAGGCAUUCAAAGAUGUGGUAGCCGAAGUAUUGAAUGUUGAUCAUUCCAGCAUUUUAGUUUUGAGUGUCCAAGCUGUGCCUCAGUUUUACCCAAAAGCAGUAAUUGAUGUUGUCUUUGUUGUUCUUGACAAGAAGGAGAAGGAACCGUUUCUGUUUCGAAGACAAUAUGUUCAAAGUGAGAUCUUCAGGAAUAGAUCAUUGAUCGAGUUCCAGUUGGUCCUCAAAUUUCUUGCUGUCACAAAUGAUCAUUGUGUCCCAGAGCCUUGCAAGAACCACGGCAUAUGCGAGAAUGUGUUUGUGCUGGGAGAGAAGUUUGAUGUUGUGGAAUCGGAUUUUCUUUGGAUGCAGUCAUUGCAUAAGGUCACUGACUAUAACUGCUCUUGUGUUCCUGGGUUCUAUGGCAAAGACUGUGGGCAGGGCAAGAUGGAUUUCUGCUAUUCUUCUCCUUGUCAGCAUGAAGGUGUGUGCACUAAUAAUGUUGCGUCAUUUACUUGUCAUUGUCCAAGCAACAUAACUGGAACAUUUUGUGAAUUCAAGGAAGAUUACUGUCAGUCUCAGCCAUGCCUCAACGGUGGCAAGUGCGUUGAUCAACCUACCAUGUUUUCAUGUAUGUGCCCAAGUGAUUAUACUGGUCAUCAGUGUGAACAGCCAGUUUUUGCAAGUGACCAUUGUGGACAAGACCAGCCAGUGUGCCAGAACCAAGGGAGUUGUACAUCUGGUCCAUAUGGUGUUGUCACUUGUACAUGUGAUACAAACUUCAAAGGAUCACAUUGUGAAAUUUCAGACGAAGAGAAUGAGAACGUGACUUGUUUGCAGAAUCCUUGUAAAUUUGGUGGGACAUGCAUACCAAACACAUAUGAAUUUGACUGCAUUUGUCCAUUGGGGUUUGAAGGAGACAUGUGUCAAAUUGAUGUCAAUGAGUGUUUCAAUAAUCCUUGUCAAAAUGGUGGUAGAUGUGUCAAUGGAUUUGGCGGCUAUAGAUGUGUUUGUGGUGUUGAGUAUACUGGUCGUAUGUGUGAAACUGAAAUAUCUCCAUGUGAAGUUGCCCGAUGUCCAGAUAAUCUGCAGUGCACUCCAGAUGCAAAGACUUCAUCUGGGUUCAAUUGUGUCAAUCUUUGUGAGACAUUUGUGUGUCUUCACGGUGGAACAUGUCAUCAGCGUGGAUCACAAACUAGGUGUAGUUGUUCUGAUGAGAGGAGUGGAGAGCACUGUGAAUUGAUUCGAGCGAGUUUCACUUCAGGUUCAUUUCUCAUGUUUCCAAGUGUUGAAUUACGCCGCAGUGGCAGGCUGUCUUUUAAGUUUGUUACUGAAGAUGAGGAUGGCUUGCUGUUGUUCAAUGGACGCUACGAUCAGAUAGAAAAUGAUUUCAUUGCUGUUGAGGUAUUUGGAGGUAAACUGGUUAUACGAUAUACGGUUGGAGGGAGUGUGGCACAGCUGAAGAUAUCCACAGAACCAAUUGUAAAUGAUGGAGUAUGGCACACACUGGAUAUUGGAUGGCAUGAAAACCUCAUAAACAUGACUUUAGAUAACUGUCGACUACCACUGGUCAAACGAAUUGGUUCAGGUGAUACCCUGGACACAUCAAACUGCUUUGCAGAGACUCAAACAAUGGGAAACUUUAGUUCACUGGAUCUCAGUGCUCCAUUGUUUAUCGGUGGCUCCGAGAACUAUGGACAAAAUUUCAUGUACCCUACUAUAAGUCGUAAGUAUUCAGGUUGCAUAGAAGAAGUUUUCAUAACUGGGAGGACAGUCUUGGAUGUAAGAUCACCUCUAAAACAGCAACGAGUUCAAGAAGGCUGCCCAGUAAUGGAGAGGGGCUGUGCAAGCAAUCCGUGUAGUGGUAACGCAGCAUGCUCAGAAGCUUGGAACAGUUACAAAUGUACUUGUAACUUGGGAUACACAGGAAGCCAGUGCUCGGAAGAACGGAAACCCAUGAAAUUUGAUGGCAAUGGGUAUGUGUCUUAUGAAGUCCUAAAUCAGUUUAGGCAGCGUGCAAGUCGCGAUACUGACGUUGCUCUGAAAUACUCUGACAAGUUUGAAAUACGGUUGAGAACUCAAGCGGCAUCAAGAAGAAUGAUUAUAUGGACAAUUAAAACUGAAACUCAGCUGAAUCGAUUAGAAGUUGACAUGGGUAGGCCACGAUUCAUCUUCAAUCUAAAUGCUGGCACAGAAGGCAGUACUCAGCUAGAUCUGGCUGCUAAUGUAGCCGAUGGUCGGUGGCAUGAACUUGUUGUGGAGCGUCUAGGAAACACUGCUUUUCUUACUCUUGAUGGAACAGACACUACAGAACAAAGCGCAGUAAAGUCACAUUAUUUGUUUGUGCUACCGUUAGAUGGUGUAUAUUAUGUUGGUGGUGAACCCACGUCAAACGUUUCCAAGGCUGAAUAUGGAUUUGAAGGUUGCUUGCAAGAUCCACGUUUGGAUGGAGUUGAAAUGCCGGGAAUUGGAGAGAUGAGCAAUGACUUUUCUAUUAAGGCGUCAUCACCCAGUGUAGUAUCAGGGUGUCUUGCUAGACAAGUCUGUGACCCAUCUCCAUGUCUGCUAACAGAGAUGUGUGACGAUGAAUGGGAAGCAUAUAGCUGUGUGCCUAUUAAUUGCAGUUACUCUCCAUGUCGAAAUGGUGCUACUUGUGUGUCUGCUGGAAAAUGUCUCUGUUUGAGUGGAUACACUGGAGAAGCUUGUCAAACUGACAUCAAUGAGUGCGAGUCGCAUCCUUGCUUGCCUGGAGAAGAAUGCAGAAAUACUAAUGGAGCAUACGAAUGCCUGAGAGUCGUGUUUCCUCAAUUGGAGAGAGCUGAUCAACGACUGGAGAUUGUGGCUUUCGUGGUGGCAUGUGUUGUAAUAUUCAUUGUGGUAGUUAUGAUAGUUAUGGUUAGAGUAUGGUGCUCUUCACGUAGAGGCAAGGGCCACAUUGCUAGAGAUGAAAGUGGUGACUUUGGAACUAAUCACUUUGGUAUGAUAGAGGGUCCAGCUAUGCGCUAUGUCAGAGAUUUUGAAACACGCCAAGAGUUGGCAGGUCCAGAUACAGAAGGAGCAGGAGAAGAAGACUGUAAUGAAAGUGUUCAGUCGGACAAGCGUUGGUCUGAUUCUACACAGAAUUCCAGUUUUAAACCAAGACCUAAACCACGACCUAAACCAAGACCUAAGCCAAGGCCUAAUUCUGCGGUUCUGGGAAAUAUUGAGCCAAGAUAUGUCACUGCACCUUUAGUGUUUGCUAAUUAUCCUAGCACUGAGGAGGAUGCUGAAAUGACAUCAACAAGAGGAGGUACUGUGGUUGAAUCUGGUUCUGAUCCUAAGGCUUCAAUGCGAAGACCUACCCCAGUGCUAGAAGAUGAGGAACAAGAAAAUUCUGCGUUCCCGGUUAGGGCAAUGCCUUCCUCUGCUGCUAAAGGUGUCAAUAGUGUAUCAGCUGAACAUUAUGGGGAAGUGGAGGGUUUCAUGACAGCUAAACUAGCUGAGCUAGGAGCAAAAGAGAAUGAAAUCACGGAUCUGUUGUGUUGUUUUACUGAAGAAGGAAUAUUAUCACAGUCUGGAUCCCUCAGCACUUUGAGUGGCAUUGGUGACUCGGACAGUGAACCGGAAGGAGCGUUCUGGGAACGGGUUCGGAACUUUGGACCUGAGUUUAAGAAAGUAGCUGAUAUGCUGGCUACAAGUAGUUUGUCAGCUGAUACUUCAUGCUAAGUCCAUGGCAUUUGCUUACGUAGUUUCAAGUGUAUUUGUCAUUGUUUGAUAUGAGUACUCAGAAGUAAGAUAGUAAUAAGAAAUAAGGAUCGUUUGUCUAAUCAUA